AUGCUGGCGGCGAAGAUCGAGCGCGACGUCGAGGUCGCCUCCAGCGCAACAGCGCCGCCCGCGUCGCCGCGCAAGAGCGACGGGCCCGGGCCGGGGACGAAGAACGCCAAGAAACGCAAGCGCGAGCGCGGCGGUACCGAGGCCGCGCAGGCCGCCGAGCGAGACGAGGGCCCCGCGCCCCCGAGGGCGCCGGGGGCCGGCACGGACGACGCGAGUGCGCGCGACGACGCCAGCGGCAGCUGCAGCCCGCACGGGGGGCCGCUCGGCGUGCGGCUGUUCCGGCGCACGGCGCCAGGCAAGGUCUUCCGCGUGUCCGAGGGCGGGAUGACCUUCGUGCCCGGAGCGGCCCCCGACAGCUACCGCGACGCUCGCGCUGAUCUUGCAUCGCCGCGGAGGGGCGGGAGGACGUGGGCGGCGGAGUUCCGGCCGGUCGAGCCGCCGCGCGCCGAGGCGAAGCAGCGGCUGCGCGCGUGCGCGGUGGAUCCGGCGGCGCUGCUUGCGCGAGCGGAGCGAGGCGGGUAUGACGCGAAACAGCCCGGGGGUGUUUUGGCAGCGGGGCGGCGGGCGGAAGGGAGCGUGGUGCGCGACGGGCGGUGCGGAGACGUCGAGUACGGGCCCAGACGGCACGGCGUCGCGGGGGGCGCCGGCGCGGCGAAGUUGCUGGGGCUGUGA